UCCUGGGAGAGGCGGCCGGAAACUCGGCCAGGAUCCGGUUGCGUAAAUAUUUUUGAAAGGCCCUAUCAGCGCGCGGGGCGCCAGGUUUGAUCUGUGAGCCGGCUUGGGCGGGUGCUGAACCCGGGCAGUGAGCUACGCACGCCAUGGAGCCUACGGGUGGGCAGGAUAGCCGGCUGCAUCUGCAACUCAAGGAAAGCAGUAGCCGCUUUCAGACGUUAAUGCAGCGGCUGUUAGCGAAGUACAACCAGCCCUUUGAGGACGCCCCUUUGGUGCAGAUGGCCACGCUGACUUACGAGACGCCCCAGGGACUGAGAGUUUGGGGAGGAAAGCUGAUAAAGAACAGAGACGAGGACCAAACCCAGGGCCCUUCUGUGAACGUGAUUGACAGAUUAAAUGGGCAAGCUGCAGAAGAUGAUUUAGAGACCAGCGGUGCGGAUAUAAGCUUAGAGGAGGAUUGGCCGUCUUGCAACUUGACGAUGAGUGACGCUUCUGGCGACCCUGGGCAGUGUCAGAACACAGAGAAGGGAGGUGGAAAAGACACGGUCAUGACUUGGGUUCCUUCUGUGACCUCACCUGUCACACCAGCCCCUGGAUGCCAGGAUGGUACCUCUGCAAAGAGCUUUGGUGGUUCUGAAGUAUCUGCUUCGUCCUCUAGAGGCCAGGGUCCCUCAUACACUUGCCCAGCUGACAUGACCAUUGUGACUAGAAAUGACAACUUCUCCUUACUAGGGACCAGCAGCAACAGCAUAAGCAACUGGUCCUUUGAAGCUGAUGAUACUUGCAAUGUGACAAUCAGCGAUUUGUAUGAAGGCAUGAUGCAUUCCAUGAGUAGGCUGCUGCGCUCAAAGCCGUCCUGCACCAUCUCCACCAAGACCUACAUCAACCAGAGCUGGAAGCCCAGGAGGAGACUCUCACGCAAGCAAGGGGCGCACAAGAACACGACGUACUGCCACAGGAAGGAGCCUGUGCCCUGCUCAGAGCCCAGGAAAGAGGCCAGAAUAUUAAAAGACUACAAGAACUUAUUGCACGUUGCUCCCUGCAAGACAGGCUUAGAACUGAAAAGCAUUUCUCUUGAAGGAAGCAGACUUCAAGUCCAUAAAUUCAGUCCAGCUUGGAAAGUGGUCCAGACGACGCCUUGGAAGGAUUUGGACUUAAACCUUGAGCGAGAAAACAGGCUGAAGGCAUUACAGUAUUUAAUUUCACCCGUCAAGAAGGUUCCCAGACCAAGGAUGCUUCCAAGUCAAGUAGAGAAGCGGUAUAGAGAGAUUAAAAUCAAAUUUGACAGACUUCAUCAGGAAUGUUGCCUGUCUUCUGGGAAGCGGCCUCCCCUAACUGGCCCCACGGAGUCUUGGGCCGCAGACACAUACAGAAGCGGUUCUAAAAGCCUAGGCAGCCGUCAGGGUGUAGACACCCACAGGCUGAGUUCACCUCUCAGCAGAGAAAAGACAGAGAGGCUAGGCGAAGCUUUUAAAGAGCUGAGGGGAAAGACUGUCAAAACAAAUAGCUGUCUUCUAAGGAGCAGUCCCUCUCCAGAGGACAACCUGUCAAAAAGCUCCGGCCAUUCUCAACAGACGUCUGGCCUUCUUCAAGAACACAAUUCUGAACCAAUCAGAAAGGCAGUAUGGCCCAGUACAGCUAGUUCAGCACCAUGCACAGGUUCUCCAGUCUGUGGGAAGAAUAACUAUGAUGAGCUUAAAAAAGAAUUCAACAGACUUUACCAAAAGUAUUGCCUGGUGUCACCUCAGCGGGUGAAGGUGACUUUGUGUAGCAGAGUAUCUCCAGUGAAAGCUGCUGCAACUGUUCCCAGUCAAACAGAGCACUUGAAGAGACCAAAUCCAGACCCUUCACUCCAGCGUUCCCAGAAAUACUCAUCUCCUGGAAGAAUCCCACAGUCUUCGGCUGCACCUGAGGUCCACAUGUCUGCACAGACUGCUAGUGCUCUUGUGAGAGCACCUUGGUUGUCAACGAAGAGGCGCAGGCUGUCCUACCCAGUAGUGUGUGCUCACCAGGACAAGUCUCAAGAUUCCUCAGGAGCAGCAGGCUGGCCCUGAGUGUCCUGACUGACUGGGUGUUUGUCUGUGGGCCGUGAUGCUGACGCGUAGUCAGCCGCCGCUUUGAGGGAGAAGACCAUGGCAGACACUUCUGUUUCUCCUUUUGGACAUGGGGCCCAGGGCAUCCCGUAUGCGGAGCCAUCUUCUGCUGCAGCUCCCUGUAGCCACUCGGCCUCUGUCCAGCCACCUCCCCUGCUCCAUAGCACAGCAACAGCAUCAUCUGUCCUUUCUUGUGGGAUAUUGGUGCCUUGGGCUUCUCCAGCCAGCCUCGGCCAUUACUGUGUCUCUUAAUCUUAGUCAGGGGAUUCUCAAUGGCAGUUUUCCUCUUGACUUGAAUUACUUACAUUGCCUCUACUCUCUACUCCCCCAUCUUCACCUUCCACGUGUCUGCUUCUGUAUAGGCAAGUGCCCUUCAGGAGGACAGGGUGUUAAGUCCAUGGGUUGGACCUUAACAGAACCCUGCGCACCCCGCUUGGCUUAGUCUUAGGAGCUCUGGUUUUGGGGGUCGGGGUGGGGGAGAUGUUUUAUUUGGUUUUUGAGGCAAUUUUGCAUAGCCUGGACUCGUUGGAUAGUCGGGGUUACCUAGAGUUCCUGACCCCCUUCCCAAAUGCUGAGGCUAGUUUUGUUGUUUUCUGAUUUAUUUCCAUGGGUAAAAUAACUUUAUGAACUGCAUCUCCCUGGUUGAACUUAGAUGAAGGGACCUGCCUGUCUGGGAUAGGGCCAUAGAUAAACGACAAGAAACAGAGCCAGACCUGCUGAACAACUUUAGCCAUACUAGCUGGGUCUCUGGCUGCCGGGUGUGGCAGGCAUCCCUGGCGGGGUACACCCACCAGCUGUCUCCCUUUACUCUGGGCCUUGAGCUGUUUGUUUGGCUGCCUCAACCUCAUGAGCCUCCUUGACUUUCCUAGACCAAACUGCCACCAUGGUGUGCCUUGGUGGCCUGCUCCAGACUCUACAGAAGUGAUCGUGAGAGUGGACUCGUGUGCAGGUCACCUCAGGGUAAUAUGAGAUUCUGAUGGGAAGAAAGGAGGUCACCGGAGACCUUAGUUCAAAACGUGCAUCCUGACCCAGCCUGUGUCCUCAACUUUUUGCUUAUGUCCCCAGCUGUCCCAGGAAUACAGCUGUGUCCCUAGACCUUCCUCCAGCUCUUGAGCCAAUGAAAUCCUGCCACUUUGUCUUUAAACCCUGUCUUGCUAUGUAGCCCAAACGGAUCUUGACCUUGUGGUCCUCUUGCCUCAGCCUUCCUAAGAAGCUAGGGUUAUACAUGUGCAAUGUGGCCUGCCUUGGAAGUCCCACCUGCCUGGUACUCUACCCAGAGAAAAUCUUGCUUUUACUGCAGCCUGGAGACCUCUCUUGCCCGACUGCUAGCGGGGACUUUGACUUUGCAGAGAGUAGAAUCAAGUUGCCGGUUAGUGGCAGUGACAGUGCCUAGAGCUUCUCCCUUGGUACCCAGGAGUUCCUCACCAGUUCCCUAGAAGUUAAUAGCCUAUCCUUAGGGCCUUUACCAGAUGCCUUCUCUAGUUCCAUCUUCAGCCACAUUAAACGCUUAAUAGCUUCAUUUUCUGUUUCUUGCUACUUCAGCUAUAAAUUGCUUGGAGAGGAGACCAUAUCUCCACACUCAGUGACAACAUGAAGGAUGUUAGAGGCUAGUUCCUUCUUUGUGCUAGACCAGUAAGCUUUUCAUGUACCUUGCUCUAUCUACCUAAGGACCCUUUGGUGACGUGGGCAGUCUCUGUCUCUUAGGAAGAAGACAGUGUCUGCUAAAUCCUAAAUUCACUCAAAUUGGGCUGACAUACCCCCAGGACACACAGCUGGGACAGCAGCGACCUUUGUCACUGCUGCUAUUGUAGUGUGCCUUGAGUUCUUUAACAACAUGAGAUUUCCCAUAGCGGGCAUAAAUAUUUAUACAGGUGCAGCAGAGUAAACAUUGGGCAUUCUGUGGCAGGCUUUGAAGAACCGGUGGGAUUGUACUAAAAUUAACUUUCAUCGGUCAGGAUGUAAAAGUGAUUAUUUUUCUUGGUUAGGAAUUUUUAAAGUUUAAAAAUCUCGUCUUGGGCUGGUGAGAUGGCUCAGCGGUUAAGAGCACUGACUGCUCUUCCAGAGGUCAUGAGUUCAAAUCCCAGCAACCACAUGGUGGCUCACAACCACCCAUAAUGAGAAACAAAUAAAAAACCUUUGGGCCAGAGCAAGUGGAGCUGGAGCAAGGGGGGAGAACGGGGUAGAAAUCUUGCCUUUCCCCCUUUGCCUCUAGUUUUGUUUUUAGGUGGGGUCUGUCACCAUUACCUAAGCUGGCCUCAGAUGCACCUCAGGCAUGCUGAACCUCAAGUGUCUGUUCCGCCUUUGCAUUGCUUGUGUGCUGCCCUGCUUGACCUGUCUGCCCUUGAUGUCCCUCCAGGGCAGCUGGCACUGUGGAAAGUGCCUGGUGUGGUUUUACAAAUAAAGGUGUAUAUAUACUUAGCGUUUU